UGCAUUCCAUCAUUCUUUCUUUUUUAAUGCUCAGAACAUACUGGGCCUUUAUUAAGUUCACCACGCUGCUCUAUGGAGCUUUUUGUAUAUGUAAACAACUGAAAACAUUGAUGGAAAUGCCACGGUAUCUGUAUACAUUGUAUACAAUGGGGCAUACAGCUCCAGAGGAAGCUGCUAAUUUUACAGAACUUCUGAUUUUUAAGCAGGCCUUCAGUCUCUCCUUUGAAUCCUUGAUGCGUUUUUUGAAUGCUCAUUUGACCAUGUUGUCGAUCUCCCUGAAUGUAUUACUCAUCAUUUUAUUCAGUAUAUAUAUUUGGAGGAGGCCUCCUCCAAAGCCAAAGGAUACUGAGUGGCAGGGAGUGUGGAGAGACUUGGGAGAGACUUUAAAGAGAUGGUCAUCUCUGGUGUCAUGGAAAUUUACUCCUGAACACCUGGAGGAUCCUGAGAGCCUAAGCAGAUAUUUGAGACAGGGAUGUGGCAGCUCUGGCAAAUCUGAGGAGGCACAAAUUAUUUGGGGCCUAGCUCAUGCUUAUCGGGCCUUAUUCAAUACUAUCCCAAGAGAGAGAGUCUCCAAACCAAAACAGAGAGUUUCCAAGCUGAAAGGAAGAGUAUCCGACAGAAAGUACUGAAUGAGCGAGAGAGUCUCAAAGCUGACAUGCAGAGUUUCCAGGAGUGGGUCCGAGCUGAGAGAAAUAAUCUUCGAUCUCAGCAAAACACCUUCCAAUUCGAGCGGGACACCCUUUGAAAUGAGCGGGACGCUUUACAGUCCAAGCUUAACAGCCUCCAAACAGAACAAGACAGCCUCCAAAGUGAACAAGACAGUCUCCAAAUUAGACAGUCUUCAGUCCAAACGAGACGCUCUCCAAUCUGAACGGGACGCCCUCUGAAACGAGCGAGACACCCUCCAAUCCAACUUUCACCCCAUCCGAUCUGAACAUGGCACCCUCCUAACAGAAAAGCUGGUCCGAGCCGAGCUUGAGAGACAGAGCAUGGAAAAUGACCAGCUUGAUCAAUCACAGGAGGCACCACAACUGAUGUCAGUUGCCCCUGUAAGAGGACGGAAGGUGAAAAGGAUGUCUCUUCCUUCAGAAGGAGGGCUUAGAUCCCCAGCAAGAUCCCGGUCACCAACACCCAGCAGGGCAACAACAACUGAAAGAGACAUUGAAAUCCUUACUACUCGACCUCUGAAAAUGACUGAACUUUGAGUCUUGAGAAAAGACUUUUCACGGUGCCCAGAUGAACGCAUUGCCACCUGGUUACUUCAAUGCUGGGACAAUGGGGCUAACAGUGCACUGCUAGACAGUGCCCGCCAGCUGGGAAGUAUUGCCAGAGACUCAGCUAUUGACAGACGUAUCAGUAGAUGCCAGGAUGAGUCCUUCACUCUUUGGAAGCGGAUGCUAUUAGCUGUAAAGGAAGAAUGCCCCUUCAAAAAUGAUCUGAUGCCUGAGGCAAAGAAAUGGACUACUAUGGAAAAAGGCAUCCAUUAUUUGAGAGAAUGCGCCGUGGUGGAAAUGUUAUGUGACCCCAUGUUCAUUCCUGAUGAUCCAAACCAGGAGCACGAUCCUGAGAGAAUCAGGUGUACACCAGACAUGUGGCGUACAUUCACAAGAACUGCACCAGAAAAGUACGCCGGUACAUUAGCAGCCACGUAUGGCAGAUGGGAAAGAAGACCCCCUAUGGGUGAACUGAUUUCCAGGCUCCGUGACUUUGAGCUACAUUCAACCCUUCUGCAAGUUUAUGCUUCAGCCAUUGUAAAGGUAACUGAAAGACUGGAUAGACUUGAGAGUGAUCACGAUGAUAUAAUAGAGGAACUGACUUCUUUGCCUCAUGACGAUAAACCUGAUGACGACCAGGAUUAUCGAGACACCCUACGGGAGGGACUGAGCAAUUUGUUUUGCUCCCAACUUGCAUCAUCCAAUGUCUCUCUCUUCUAUUAGAAGAAGAAGACGUCCUUCUGCUCAAGCAAGUGACAACAGUAAGACUACAUCGCACAUUGCCUUGUGGCAUUAUCUACGUGAGCAUGGAGAAGACAUGAAGAAGUGGCACAAAGAACCCACUCCUGAACUACAAGCACGGGUAAAAGAACUGCAAGCCAGAUCAACCACCAAGGCGAAAUCCUCCGCUCCUGUUGCUGCGGGAAGUGGCAAAAGCGAAGUAGAAGAUUUGCCAAUUCUCUGCGUUCUCCUCCGACUCCGCUCCAGCGAGGCCUUCCUGCUGACACUUCAGGAUCCAAAGAGCAGCUCCAUCAACCAGGUUCUUCCACUGGCAGCAGACCAGGCGGCACGCCAACACCAGAUCCACUGCAGGUGCCUGGAAACCCUCCGCCGCGCAGCGUCCGUCUCCCCUCGGUGCUGCGGGGCCAUGGCCACCAUCAGCGACCUGCCCGAGGACGUGCUGGUGGAGCUGCUGUCCCUGCUGCCCGCCCGCGACCUGCUCCGUGCCUGCAGGCCGGUGUGCACCCAGUGGCGAGACGUGGUGGACCUCACCACCCUGUGGAAGCGCAAGUGCCAGCGCGAGGGGUUCUACACACAGAGCUUGGACAGGAGCGUCGCCGACUGGCAAGUGUUCUACGUGCUGUGCAAGAUGAAGAGGAACUUGAUCAAAAAUCCCCGAGCUGAAGAGAACUUUAAGCACUGGAAACUUGAUGAGAAUAAAGGAGAUAAGUGGAAUAUUGAGGAUCUGCCUGGGCCUCUGGGGAAAGAGCCGCCAGACUCGGAAGCCCGCAAAUACUUUGUCACUUCAUAUGAUCUAUGCUUGAAGUCUCAACUUAUAACCCUGCAGAAGGAAGGGUACUGGAAUGAGUUGAUGGAUGAGAAACGGCCUGAAAUUGUAGUCAAGGACUGGUACGCUGCCAGAUUUGACUGCGGUUGUCGCUAUGAACUUAGAGUGAGGCUGCUUUCUGAAAACUACCUUGUGCUGGAUGAAUUCUGUCCUGAGCCAGUGGUCAUAGAGCAGUGGAGUGACGCAGAGUGGAGAGAGAUUUCCCACACCUUCAGCGAUUACCCAGCUGGAGUUCGUUACAUCUGGUUUCAGCACGGAGGCCAAGAUACCCAAUACUGGGCAGGAUGGUACGGGAUCAGGGUGACAAACAGCAGCAUCACCAUUGGGCCCCAGACACUGAAGGCAAAUGAAGACACAAUAUAAGUGUUUUAUUUUACCUCAGGACUGUGACCAGGUGGUCUCAGGUGCACUUAUUUGUCUGUACUCUCUGGGUGAAUGUCCUGGCUUUGUCUUGCACAGCUGAAGUGGAAUACAAGCAGCUAGCUCUCCUUGUUCACAGCAGAACUUCUGCAGGCCCAGCCCUUUGGAAGGACUUCUGUCUUCCUCUGUCCUCCUGCACCAUGGCAGUGGCAAUUACUAGUGCCCUUCCACAGGAGGAAGACUAGGGCCAUUAAAUAUGACAGCUGUCUGUAGUGAAUUGUCUUUGGCUGUAGCACAAGUACAUAGCAGUCUUAACUGGCAACUCUUUCUUGUUUAUACAACUUAGGAAAAAGAAGGCUAAAAUCUUAGGUUCCGAUUAUCAACCCUUGCCUUGAGGAGUCUGCUACAGACAGACUUGUUUUGUACAGUCUUUUUCUGUUUCAGUUUAAUUAUGUACAUAAAGAUGUAUCUUUCUCAUCAGACCUUACACAGCA